AUUGUGGCUCAACCUCCCCACAUGUUAACUGUCCAGAAUGGAGGUUUGUCAAGCUAUUUAUAAGAAACUCGACACGAAUUAUGUGGAGAAGGACUUGGAUAUCAUUAUUGAAGCAGCACAAAACCAUGGAGUGUAUGAACAUGAGAAUCCCAAGGUUUUGGAAACUCAUGCCAAGGAGAUUAGUAAUUUACUUCAUCAGAAAACAACAAGGCGAAAUGCAAUCAAAUUCUUGGUGCCACUGAUUCAGCAGUGUCCAAAGGAUAUUCUGACAGCACAGGGACAAACAUGGCUUCAGUUCUGCAGCAUGAUUAUAAAUGCACCCUCUGGGGCUAAGGCAAAACGCACUGCUUGUUAUGCCACCCUUCUCCUUCUUGAGAGAAUACCAAAACUACCAGAGCUUCAUCGGAAGUUGUUAUCGCAGUCUGCCGCUCCCCUGGUCACAUCUCUAGCUGGAGCAGUUUCCUAUUGGAGUCCAGCUGCUUUGAAGUGUUUACAAGAGUACAUGAAGUUGUUCCCACAACAAUGCUUACCUCAUAAGGCAGCCUUAGAGGAACUACUGCUGAAGAAACUAGACUCUCCCCUCACCUGCACUGGUCAAAAGUCUGAAGUGACAUAUGCAGGUCAGGCCUUCGCGACAUUACCACUAGCCGGCAUUGGGGGCAAAGGAACCAGUAGCCGUUCAGAGGCAAGAGGGCGGCAGCUAACCCAGCUCAUUUGCUUGUCACAUCACCUGAUGGACUAUCUUUUUGAGGGUAUUGUUGAGAAAGAGUCAUAUAACCACCCCAGAGAAUACACAUUCAAGCUGAAUCCACUGCAGCCUGUGGGUUAUUAUGAUAAAAACCCACUCUAUACACACAUGUUGGCCAUCACCCGAUUAAUGAACACGUUAAAGUUCAUAUCGGAAAUGGUCUCUUGUGAAAAUAAUGAUGCCAUAACGAUAAAAAUGAGUGAUCUUUUGGGCCCAGUCUUUAGGAUGUUACAGAUGGAGACUUUUGUUCUGAAAUCCUACAAGAGCUAUGAACAUAAAUUACUAGCCUUCUUUAUGCCGGCACUUCAUCAGCAAUGUUUGUUGAUGCUAAGGGACUUCCUGAUCAGCAUGAGAGAUUGUGUAGACUUAUACUUCAGCCUUAUAGCAGAAUUGCUCACUGCGACCAUAAAGUCUUACUAUGACGGCAAGGCCAAAGCUUGGGCAACUAAUGGGCAACAGACAAGGAUUAUCGCAUAUUCUGUCAUGACUACUCUUGUCGAAGUGUCUCAGGGACGGCAUCCAGCGUCACCCAAGUUAAUCGAUGUCAUUGUGGAAGAUCUGAUGCCAAAGAACCAAGAAUUUACAAUAAAGAGCUAUGGCAGCAGAGGACUGUCUAAUCUCACACUACAGAAAAAGAAGAGCAAAAAGAAAGGAUACUCAGUCUCAACAAAGGACUCGGAAUCUUCAAACAAUCCUCUUCCAGAAUAUGAAAACUUUGGUCGGGUUGUUACCGCUGCCCUGAGAUUAGCAGAAGCCUUGUUUAGAUAUGCAACACAUUCUACGCCCUUGAUGUCAAGACAGGCAUUACAGAAGAGAGUCAUAGCUGUGACAGAUCGAGUGAUGAAUGGUAGCCAAAUGCCAGUCAUCUACUUUGGUGAUACGACACGAGCACAGCUGUUUAAAACUUUAACAUGUAUGGCAACUCACCCUGAUCCAAGGUGUCCUGUACCAUAUACUAUGAUUUUGCAUCUGUUUCAAAUGGGCCUACAUGAUCAUCACAUGUCGGUUGUUGCUGCUUGUCAGACUGGUCUUUCGUGUGUUAGCUUCAUUACCGCCAACCCACAAAUCUCCAUGCUAACACAGGUCUUUGAACAACUGCAACAAAGAACUGAUCAUUAUGAUGCUGAAGAAAAUGACAAAGAUGAUGUAAAUGGAAUGGUUUGUGAUGAACAAGAUGAGGAAGAAGAACAACAAAAGGAAGAGGAAGAAAACAAAGACAAAGAGAAACAAGAGGAGGAAGUUGAAGAAGAACGAGACCAAGCAGAGAAAGAACAAGAACAAGAAGAGGAAGUUGAUGAAGAAGACAAUGAAGAUGAAGCAGAAGCAACAGAACAUGAUGAGAAUAUGGAUGAUGAACAGGAAGCAGAUGAGACCACUGAAGUUCAGAUGGAAGAUGAAAGAGUGGUUGAUGAGGAGGAAGAGGAAGAGCUUGAAGCAGAAGAUGAUGCAGAGGAGGAGGAGGAGGAGGAGGAGGAGGGAGAGGGAGAAGAUGUAGAGGAAAAUUCAGGAACAGAUGUACAAACAGAAAGGAAACAAGAAGAGAGUCCUAAGGCAAAGAAGAAGGCAAAAGGAAAUCGGAAAAAGUUACAGAGGUUAAGAAAAAAACAAAAGGCAAAGCAAGCCAAGAGUCAGACAUCAGAAUCUACAGACAAGUCAAAGGCAACAAAAAGAAAUGCAUCGGAGAGUGAGGAAACUACCCCGAAGAAGUCAAAGACAGACCAG